GCAAGCCAGGAACCCUCAGGAAAAUUGAUGUUACACCGAUUCCAAGAAGUCUAGGGCUUCCCGCGACUGGAGAUGCUGUCUCGACUUACCCGUUACAUCAGGGUGAAUCCCCUCCCCAACACCGGCUCUGUGGCUCGCGAUCUCCUUGCCUCCGAGAGAACCUUCCUCGCUUGGGCCCGAACCGGCCUCGGAUUCAUUGCUCUGGGUGUGGCGCUCGAGAAAGUGGAAGCCCUUGCGGCGCUAUCGCCGACGUUGCUUCACUUGUCUGACUCAAGAACCAAGAUUGCCGCGGGGGUCCUCGUCGCGAGCGGGAGCCUGUGCGUCGGCCACGGAACGCUGCGGUACUUCUCGACUCUGCGCCAUAUACAAGAGGGCAAGUUCAGGCCCAACACGGGCGGGAUAAGUCUCAUGGCAGUGACCUGUAUCGGGAUCGCGAUCGCCGGAAGCAUUCUGGUCAUAGAAAACGAGGCAGAGAAGAGCAGGGAGAAGGAGAAAGAGAAGCAAAAGAUCUGAUACAAUACCCCGUCAGUCUUCGCGGUGAUCUACGAUAAGUUCAGCAUGGCCGAGAGAGUCUAUCGGUCUAGUUGUCUAUCGACACAUUCGCAGCUGAACCGGAAACCCCACUCCACUCCUGUAAACUCGACGGCCGACUCACUCUAAGCUGCUGCAGAAGCGCCGUACGGCCUUGCUUGGGCAGACUCGAUGUCGACGUAUCCAUAGUUGGCGGCAUCACCUGAGCCCAUCUUCUGAGCCCAGGCACCCAUGUCUUUCAGGAAGGCUUCGACGUUCUCUUGCACCGACAUGUCGAUCGGCUCCUGGUCUUUGCCGACCUGCCUGAUCUGGGAGCCGGCAAUGACGUUGGUGAGGCCAAAGUUAUCUUGGUCGACCUUCUGGUUGAUGGCAGCCGAGAUCUUGCCCUCCAGCAGGUCCUUGCCCAUGUGGAACUCCUGGCACACAGGGCGACCAAGUCCGACGCCGUCGACACUCUUCAGAGCGUUGACCAUUCCAUCCAGGGUUUUGAAGCCGCCGGUCACAUACGUCUUUGUUUUCUUCAACCCCGGAGCGAUCUUGUCGGCAAACUCGAGGAAAAACGCCUCCCGCUUCUUGGUCGAUUCCCUCUUGUGGACAAACGCUAGGGACUGAUAUGUACCGCCCGAAAGCUCCACGAAAUCGAACUCGUUCUGCUCGAGUAGGACGCAGAGUUCUCUGGCUUCGUCGGCAGUGAAUCCGCCCUCUUGGAAUUCGACCGAGUUGAUCUUGAUUCCCAGGACGAAGCCUGACGAUGCGGGCAGCUUCUGGCGAAUGGACUGGGCGAUCUCGAGGAUGAGCCGGGCACGGUUUUGCAGAGAGCCACCGUAUUGGUCGGUUCGCUUGUUGGUUGUCUGACUGAGGAAUUGGGCCAAGAGGUAGCCAUGAGCGCCAUCUAAGCGGGUGAUUAGCACACAGAAGACUUGCCAUUGGCAAUAGCUGCACGUCAGGGAUUAGAGAACUUACGGAGCUGGAUGCCAUCGUAGCCAGCCUUGGCCAGAUACUCGGCAGCGUGGGUGAAACGGUUGAUGAUGUCCUUGAUCUCUUCGUGUGAGGCUGCGUGGGGCUUCGCGAAUCUCAUUCCCAUCACUUCUCCUUCCAGCUGAACAUCACUGGCAGAGACGGGAUCAGGCUGGAGUCUCUGUUCGACCUGGCGGCCUGGAUGGCUGACCUGGCCGACGACCAGACUUCCGUGUGCUUUGGCCUGGGUCGCGAGCUCCUUGAAGGCAUCGAAGCGGGCUCCUUGGAAGGGUGCUUGUGGCGGAAUGAUUGGGUUACCAGCUGGAAGAGGAUGUUAGCCUCGGUAAUGGAUGAAGUCUUCCCCAAGAAAAACCACAUACGGGCCUCCAAGCUCUGAUAGUCGAUCAUGAUAUUCCCCGUCAAAAUGACCCCGAGCCCGCCCUCGCCCCAUCUCUGAUAGACGCGAAUGAGUUGCUGGGACGGCACGCCCCGGUUCUCCUUGUUGACGGGGUCCCACGACGAGAGACGCUCCGUCAUGGCGGCCUUGAGGAAGCGGUUCGGCGCCGUCUUGCC